AUGUUAAUAAUAGUGCAGGUUUACAUAGUGUAUUUAGGAUCCCUUCCUAAAGGGGAAUUUUCACCUAUGUCUGAACACCUUGGGGUUCUCGAAGAUGUUCUUGAGGGCAGUUCUUCAACAGAUUCUUUGGUAAGAAGUUAUAAGAGAAGUUUCAAUGGAUUUGCAGCAAGGCUCACUGAAAAGGAACGAGAAAAAUUGGCUAAUAAGGAAGGCGUGGUGUCGGUUUUUCCGAGUAGAAUUUUAAAACUUCAUACAACAAGAUCUUGGGACUUCAUGGGAUUCUCCGAAACAUCUAGGCACAAACCUGCUCUUGAGAGUGAUGUUAUAAUUGGAGUCUUUGACACUGGAAUUUGGCCUGAAUCACCUAGCUUUAGUGAUAAAGAUUUUGGUCCACCUCCAAGAAAAUGGAAAGGUGUUUGUUCAGGUGGCAAAAAUUUUACUUGCAACAAGAAGGUUAUUGGAGCUCGAAUCUACAAUUCGCUGAAUGAUAGUUUCGAUGUUUCAGUGAGGGACAUAGAUGGUCAUGGAUCCCACACUGCCUCAAUAGCUGCUGGCAACAAUGUAGAGCAUGCGAGUUUUCAUGGCUUAGCACAAGGAAAGGCAAGAGGAGGGGUUCCCUCUGCAAGGCUUGCCAUAUACAAAGUCUGUGUUUUUCUAGGGUGCGCAAGCGCGGACAUUUUGGCUGCCUUUGAUGAUGCUAUUGCAGAUGGGGUUGACAUCAUUUCAAUAUCUCUUGGAUUUGAUUCUGCAGUUGCUUUGGAAGAGGAUGCCAUAGCAAUUGGUGCUUUUCAUGCCAUGGCCGGAGGUAUAUUAACUGUGCACUCUGCAGGAAAUGAAGGUCCUGAGGUAUUUUCUACAUUUAGCUCUGCACCAUGGAUGGUCAGUGUAGCAGCAAGCACGAUUGAUCGCAAAAUUAUUGACAGGGUGGUUCUUGGCAAUGGAACAGAACUAACAGGUCGUUCAUUUAAUUAUUUCACGAUGAAUGGAUCCAUGUACCCUCUUAUAUACGGAAAAGUUACUAGCCGUGCCAAUGCCUGUAAUAAUUUCCUAUCACAGUUGUGCGUGCCAGAUUGUUUAAAUAAGAGUGCAGUGGAAGGAAAAAUUCUACUAUGUGAAAGCGCUUAUGGAGAUGAGGGCGCUCAUUGGGCUGGUGCCGCCGGCUCAAUCAAAUUGGAUGUAGGUGUUUCUUCUGUUGUCCCCUUACCUACAAUAGCUUUACGUGGUAAAGACUUGCGCCUCGUCCGAUCCUAUUAUAAUUCCACAAAAAAGGCUGAAGCAAAGAUACUGAAGAGUGAGGCAAUCAAAGAUUCUUCUGCUCCUGUAGUGGCUCCCUUUUCAUCACGAGGGCCAAACGCAGCCAUACUUGAGAUUAUGAAGCCAGAUAUUACAGCCCCUGGAGUAGAUAUAUUGGCAGCAUUCUCCCCUAUUCCUAAACUUGUAGACGGCAUAUCUGUGGAAUAUAAUAUAUUAUCAGGAACCUCCAUGGCUUGCCCCCAUGUUGCUGGAAUUGCUGCUUAUGUUAAAAGUUUCCACCCCGCCUGGUCUGCUUCAGCCAUCCGAUCUGCUCUUAUGACUACUGCUCGGCCCAUGAAAGUUUCUGCAAAUCUACAUGGUGUACUCAGUUUUGGGUCUGGGCAUGUCGAUCCAGUUAAAGCUAUAAGUCCUGGAUUAGUGUAUGAAACCACUAAGGACAACUACACACAGAUGUUGUGCGACAUGGGUUACAACACAACAAUGGUGAGACUCAUUUCAGGAGACAACAGCAGUUGUCCAAAGGACAGCAAAGGUUCCCCAAAAGAUCUCAACUAUCCUUCAAUGACAGUUUACGUUAAGCAGUUAAGGCCUUUUAAAGUAGAGUUUCCAAGAACAGUUACAAAUGUUGGCCGCUCCAACUCUACUUAUAAAGCACAAGUCAUUAUCAGAAAACAUCCACGUAUGAAGGUCGACGUGAAUCCUCCCAUGCUCUCUUUCAAGUUAAUAAAGGAGAAGAAAUCUUUUGUGGUGACUGUUACUGGUCAAGGAAUGACGAUGGAGAGACCGGUGGAGUCGGCGACACUGGUGUGGUCUGAUGGCACUCAUACUGUGAGGAGUCCCAUUACGGUCUACACUGACAUGUUGAUUGAUUAAUCAAA